UCACUACCACAAGAACAGCACGGGAAAGACCCACCCCCAUGAUUCAAUUACCUCUCACCAGGUCCUAAGCAUGGUUCAGGUGGGCAGGCUACAUGUGGGAAUUAUAGGAGCCACAAUUCAAGAUGGGAUCUGGGUAGGGUCACAGCCAAACCAUAUCAGCAGGCACUGAAGAACAUUGUUGCAGCAAGUCAGGUAUGAGAUCUUUAAGAAAGGUGAAGCACAUGAGAUUUGUACCACAUUUGCCAGGAUUUUCCAGAAAGGCACCUUCCUGACGUUGGUACAGGAAAAUGCGACCCAACCAGGGGUUAGUGGUCUUGGGAACCAAAAGAAGCAAUGAAUAGAGUUCAAAGCUGCUAAAUUGGUUUGGAAUUGGGGGUCAAUGUACCACAUGGGAGAGAGAAAGAACCUAGAAAUGGGUGUGUAGAUGCCAUUUUGGUCCUUCUGUGACUUCUUAGCUAUGUGACAGCUGGUUAAGAAGAGAGGAGACCUAGUAGAAAACAACGGCUGGCAUACAGAAAGCAGAAGAGAUCAUCAGGGACUGAAAAUUUACUGGAAAGCUACUGGAGUUCAGAUCCAGCCAGAUGGAGAAAUGUUGGUAAACAACUGAGAAACUCACUUGGACUCUAAAAAUUAUCUUAGGAGAGGUGCAGUAUCCUAGGAGUGAGGCAUAUGUUCUAAGAGGAAAAUAAAAUAUCAUUACCAUAAUACAGCUUAAAACUAUGUAUGUCUUGAGAGCAGCAAGAUGAUCUACAAGUAAUUACAACUUCUGCCCAGAUAAAAAAUUCAAAAUUCUUGAGUAUUUCAAUAUUAUAUUAGCCAUAAAUUCAGCAUACUUUAAAAAAAAUACCAAAUAUACAAAAAAGCAAGAAAAGAAGACUGAUGAGAAAUAAAUCUGUUAUUAAAAACAAAUUCAUAGAGAAUCCAGAUAUUGGAGUUAAUAGAUAGAGCCUCAUAAUAUCUAUGAUCAAUAUAAAGGAAAGAAAGAAAAAAUGAAAGACAAAACAGGUUGUGUCAGAUUUCUUUCUGGCAGCUCUGAAAUGCUCACUUUAUUUUCACAGAAUCUAAUUUCCUAAAUUAUGUUUGAUGUUUCAAGCAAAAAUCAUAGCAUUGCCUAGUGUUAUUCUAAAUGUAUGUAAGACAAUUAUACUACAAAUUUGAGAGGGCAAAGAGGCAUAAUAUGACAGAGGGUUGCUAUACUUCACUCAAACUGGAAUACAGAUGACACCCAUUUAGUGUGAUAAUGUAUAUAUAAAGGAAUAUAUACUAAGCUAUAAAAUGCAACCUAAACAACUAUAAAAAAGAAGACAUGCUAUAAAUACUAUCAAUAACAAAAUGGAAUUCUAAAACAAAUAUUCAAAUAACCUACAGGAAGUCAUCAAAAAUAAACAGACAAACAAGAAUUGAUAUAGGAAAAAAAAAAGUCAGGCUUAUGCGCUAAAAUAUCCAUAAUUAGAUUAAUUAUGAAUGGUCUACCAAGACACAGAUACUAGAAGAGUGUAUUUAAAAGAAUGACUCUUUCGUAUAUAUUUCUUGUAUGCUGUGUACAAGAAACUCACUUGAAAUUUACCAAUACAGGGCAGGCCAAAUUAAAAGGAUGAAAAAAGAUAUAUUACACAAACAUUAAUACAAGGAAAGCAAGAGUGUCUGUAUGUAUAUCAGAUAAAGCAAAGAAAAUUACCAGAAACAGAGAGAUUAUAUAAUGAUCAAAGGUUUAAUCCAUGAAGAAAACGGCGAUUUUAAAAGGGUACUCACCAAACUUAACAGAGCUGCAAAAUAUGUGAUGUGAAAAAUGCCAGAAGUAAGGCGGGUCAGGCUGGGACCUGCGCUGCCUUAGGAUGUAAAGUGUAACAAGGGGGCAGGGGGGAUGAGGGGACACCAGCAUGGGCCUGUGAGGCCUGUGCGGUGCCCGCGUUCCCAAGCUCCCCCUGCAGCUGGCUCCGCAGUGGUCCGCUCCCCUUGGUGGCCACGUGCGGAUUCGGAUUCCAGACCGAAGGCUGCGUGUUCUCCACCGCUUGUUGUGGCCAGUGUUACUGCGGAGACCCCAGAGCAGCCUCGGCGCUAUGGAGGAGCCGGGCGCUACCCCUCAGCCCUAUCUGGGGCUGGUCCUGGAGGAGCUACGCAGGGUUGUGGCAGCACUGCCUGAAAGUAGGAGACCAUAUUCAAAUCCUCAUGGUUUUCCAUGGGAACUGGUGGUAUGUGCAGCCGUUGUUGGAUUUUUUGCUGUUCCCCUUUUUCUGUGGAGAGCUUUUAGAUCCGUUAGGAGUCGGCUUUAUGUGGGAAGAGAAAAACAACUUGCUGCAACGCUUUCUGGACUAAUUGAAGAAAAAUGUAAACUACUUGAAAAAUUUAGCCUUAUUCAAAAAGAGUACGAAGCCUAUGAAGCAGAGUCGUCUUUAGAGGAUGCCAGCUUUGAGAAGGUGGCAGCAGAAGCGCGAAGUUUGGAGGCAACCUGUGAAAAGCUGAACAGGUCCAAUUCUGAACUUGAGGAUGAAAUCCUCUGUCUAGAAAAAGAGUUCAAAGAAGAGAAAUCUAAACAUUCUCAACAAGAUGAAUUGAUGGCGGAUAUUUCAAAAAGGAUACAGGCUCUAGAAGAUGAGUCAAAAUCCCUGAAAUCGCAAACAGCUGAAGCCAAAAUCAUCUGCAAGAUCUUUAACAUGAGUGAAGAACGAUGGGAGAUAGCAAUAAAAGAUGCUUUGAAUGAAAAUUCUCAACUUCUGGAAAGCCAGAAGCGGCUUUUGCAAGAAGCUGAAGUAUGGGAAGAACAAGUGAGUGAACUUAAUAAACAGAAAAUAACAUUUGAAGACUCCAAAGCACACGCAGAACAAGUUCUAAAUGAUAAAGAAAAUCACAUUAAGACUCUGACUGGACGCUUGCUAAAGAUGAAAGAUCGGGCUGCUGUGCUUGGAGAGGACAUAACGGAUGAUGAUAACUGGGAAUUAGAAGUGAACAGUGAAUCGGAAAAUGGUGCUUACUUAGAUGAUUCUCCAACAGGAGCUUUGAAGAAACUGAUUCAUGCUGCUAAGUUAAAUGUUUCUUUGAAAACCUCGGAAGGAGAAAGAAACCACAUUAUUAUUCAGUUAUCUGAAGUUGACAAAACAAAGGAAGGGCUUACAGAGCAUAUUAAAAAUCUUCAGACUCAACAAGCCUCUUUGCAGUCAGAAAACAUGGAUUUUGAAAGUGAGAAUCAGAAGCUUCAACAAAAACUUAAAAUAAUGACUGAAUUCCAUCAAGAAAAUGAAAGGAAACUCCACAGGAAAUUGACCGUAGAGGAAAAUUCCCGGAUACAGGAAGAAGAGAAACUUUCUAAAGUGCAAAAAAAGAUCAGCCAUACCACUGAAGGGCUGGAGACCUAUGGAAAGCUAGCCAAAGAUCUUGAAGAAGAAUUGAAGAGAACUAUUAAUUUUUAUCAAAGGCAGGUUAUUUCCUAUGAGAAAAAAGGACAUGAUAACUGGUUGGCAGCUCAGACUGCUGAAAGAAACCUCAAUGAUUUAAGGAAAGAAAAUGCUCACAACAGACAAAAAUUAACUGAAACAGAGUUUAAAUUUGAACUUUUACAAAAAGAUCCUUGUGCACCUGAUGUUUCAAAUACAGCAUUUGGCAGAGAGCAUUCCCCAUGUGGUCCCUCACCAGUGGGUCAGCCUUCAUCUGAAAGGAGAGCUUUUCUCUCUCCUCAAACUGUGUUGGAGGGUCCACUGAGACCCUCUCCUGUGCUUCCGGAGGGAGAAGGAAGAGGCCCAAGAGGCCCAGGGAAUCCUCUGUGCUUGGAGGAUUACCAUCAGAUUACCAAUGAAAGAGGAGAACCAGGCUGCGAUACGUUAACCGAUCCUCACAGGGCUCCUCCUGACACUGGGUCCCUGUCAUCUCCGUGGGAACAGGACCGUAAGAUGAUGUUUCCUCCACCAGGACAAUCAUAUCCUGAUUCAGCGCUUCCUCCACAAAGGGAAGACAGAUUUUAUUCUAAUUCUGAUGGACUGUCUGGGCCAGCAGAACUCAGAAGUUUUAAUACGCCUUCUUUGGAUAAACUGGAUGGGUCAAUGCCUUCAGAAAUGGAAUCCAGUAGAAAUGAUGCCAAAGAUCAUCCUGGUAAUUUAAAUGUGCCUGAUUCAUCUCUCCCUGCUAAAAAUGAAGCAACUGGUACCGGCUUUGUUCCUCCACCUCUGGCUCCAAUCAGAGGUCCAUUGUUUCCUGUGAAUACAAGAGGCCCAUUCAUGAGAAGAGGACCUCCUUUCCCCCCACCUCCUCCAGGAACCAUGUUUGGAGUGUCUCGAGGUUACUGUCCACCAAGGGAUUUCCCAGGUCCACCAUGUGCUCCAUUUGCAGUGAGAUACAUCUAUCCACCGAGGGGUUUUCCUCCUUACCUUCACCCAAGACCUGGAUUUUACCCCAACCCCACAUUCUGAAGGUAGAAGCGAGUUCCCUUCAGGGUUGAUUCCACCUUCCAAGGAGCCUGCUACUGAACAACCAGAACCACAGCAAGAAACCUGACAAUAUUUUUGCUCUCUUCAAAAGUAAUUUAGACUGAUCUCAUUUUCAGUUUAAGUAACGGCUGUUACUUAAGUGAUUACACUUUUCUCAAAUGGAAGUUUAAAGAAUUAUAGUUCUUAGUAUAGUAGUUUGUAAAUAAAGAUGAUUUAAAUACAAAUCUAUGAGUAAAUCAUUUCCAUUUUAUUAUUUCUAAUCGUAUAAAUUUUAAUCUCGGGAACUAAUCCACUACUAUAGAAACAACAGUGGGAGUUUUAUAUAUGUAAUCUCGCAGGUGGGGAGGCUUUAAAUUCUAAAGGCUGUGUCUUCAUGCCAAGAACUGUAUUCACUGUGCUUGUAGAUAAAUGAGAAAGUAACUUUAUGCUUAAUUUAAUACAUUUUAGUUGAUUUUUUAAAAAAAGAAAACUGCCAGAACUGAAAGGAGAUAUAGACGAAUCCACAAUUAUAGUUAGAAACUUCCUCAUGCCUUUUUCAAUAAUUGAUAGAACUAGACAGAAAAUCAGCAAGGAGUGUUGGCUUUGGCAGCACUUUCUAAAAUUAGAAUGAUGCGGACAAGAUUAACAUGGCUCCUGCAUAUAGAUUACACAAAAUUUUGCGAGGCAUUUCAUAUUUGUAAAAAGAGGGGAAAAAUCAGCAAGAAUAUAAAACAACUCAAAAUACCAUUAACCAAAAGAAUCUAUUUGGCAUUUACAGAAUAUGCCACACAACAGCAGAAUACACGUAUUUUUGCGAGUGCUGACAAAACACAUGGCAAGAUACAGAUAUCCCAGGCCCUAAAACUCGCCACAGCAAAUUUAAGAGAUAGUAAUCAUCCAUAGCAGGUGAAAACCAGAAAUCUUUGUAGGGAAUCCAAUUGGAAAUCAGCAUAAGAGAGAUAUGAAAAGUCUCAAACACUUGGAAAUGUAAAAACACACUUCUAAAUAAUCUAUUGGUCAAAGAAGAAGUCUCAAGGAAAAUUUUAAAAAUACAUUGGACUGGAUAAACAUGAAACUGUGACAUAUCAAAGUGCUGAGAAGCAAACUUAGAGCAAUAAAUGCAUGCAUUAGGAAAGAGGAAAAGUCUCAAGUGAGCAAUAGAUUUCCGCCUCAGGAACUUACAAAGAGAAGAGCAGAAUAAACUGAAAGCAAGUAGAGGGUGGGGAUUAAUGAAGAUAAGAACAGAAAACACUUACAUUUAAAAGAGAAAAACAAUAGUUAAAUCAAUGAAACAAAGUGAUAGCUCCAUUAAGAGAUUAAUAAAAUUUAGCAAACUCAAGCAGAAAUUAAAAGGAAAAGACACAAAUUUUAAAUAUCAUAAUGAAACAGGCGAUAUCAUUACAGACACCACGCAUCACAAAGGACAAUCAAAGAAUAUUACAAACCACUCCACACACAUAAAUUAGACAAUUUAGACAAAAUGGACAAAAUGCAGUGUUCCUGCUGCAACACAAACUAACUCAACUCACCAUGCAGGAAUAGACCAUUUGAAGAACUCUAUAACCAUUAAGAAAAUAGAAUUCAUAAUUUUAAAACUACCAAAAAAGAAAUCUCUGUGUUUAGAUGGUUUCAUUGGAGAAUUCUGACGUGUUUUAAAAAAAGUAAACACCAAUUCUACACUACCUUUUCCAGAAAACAGUAAAAGAACAUUUCCCAAUUUAUAUUUUGAAGCUAUUAUUACACUGAUACCAAAACCAGGAGAGAGUGUGUGUGUAUAUAUACAUACACACAUAGAUACAUAUAUAUAUAUAUAAAAGAUGUGUUCAAUUUACUUAACAAAUAGACUUCUACACUAUAUUUUUCAAAAUUGACCCACGUCCAGUGGGGGAUUGUUUCCAGAAAAACAAGCCUGAUUAAAUCUCACAAAGUCAAUCAAAAUAAUCCACCAUGUUAACAAACAAAAGAAGGAAAGUUACAUUAUAUCAGCUGAUACAUAAUAAAUAUUUAACACAUUUUGACAUCCAUUCAUGAUAAAAACACUCUAUAAAGCGAGAAUAGAGGAAACUUUAUCCACUUGAUAAAAAGCAUCUACAAAAACCUAACAUUAUAGAGUCAUGUGUUGUUUAACGAUGCGGAUACAUUCUGAAAAAUGUGCUGUCAAGUGAUUUUGUCAUUGUGGGAACAUCCUAUAGUGUUCUUACACAGAUCUAGAUGAGGUAUAUAGUAGCCACUAUACACCUAGGCUAUAUGGAAUAGCCCAUCACUCCUAGGUGACAAACCUAUACAGUGUAUUACUGUACUGAAUACUAUAGGCUAUUAUAAUACAGUUAAGUGUUACAUUUAUGGUAACAAUUUGGUAAAACUCACCAACUAUGGUAUUUAUGUAUCUAAGCAUAUCUAAAUACAUAAAAUGCAGAGUAAAAAAAUAUAACAUGAAAGAUUUUUUAAAUGGUACAUCUGUAUAUGGCAUUUACCAUAAAUGGAGCUUACACAACUGGAAGUUGCCUGGGUGAGUGAGUGAGUGAGUGGUGAGUGAAUAUGAAGCCCUAGGACAUUACCGUACGAUACUGUAGACUUUAUAAACACUGUACACUUAGGCUACACUGAAUUCAUUAAAACAUUUUUCUUUCUUCAACAAUAAAUUAACCUUAGCUUACUAUAACUUUUACUUUAUAAACUUUUUAAUUUUUAAUCAUAAUUUGAUUCUACUUUGUAAUAACACCACGUAAAACACAAAUAUUAGGAGGCUGCACAAAAGGUUUUCUUUUUUUGU